CGCUACUGCUAGUUCAUCCUCGAGCUCUCCCCGCGCCACUCAGCACGAGCGCUCCUGUCCACCUGCGUCCCUGUCACAGACCUCUGUCUCUGUCUCUGUCUCUGUCCGGACUAACCGAGCACAUUUGUCCCUCUGCUGAGAACCAACCCAACCUGAGGAAACAUGGAGGCCAUCAAGAAGAAGAUGCAGAUGCUGAAGCUGGAUAAGGAGAACGCGAUAGACCGGGCAGAGCAGGCGGAGGGGGACAAGAAGGGAGCGGAGGACAAAUGCAAACAGCUGGAGGAAGAGCUGCUGGGUCUGCAGAAGAAGCUGAAAGGAGUGGAGGAUGAGCUGGACAAAUACUCAGAGUCGCUGAAGGAUGCCCAGGAGAAACUGGAGCAGGCGGAGAAAAAGGCGACAGAUGCUGAGGCCGAGGUGGCGUCUCUAAACAGGCGUAUCCAGCUGGUGGAGGAGGAGUUGGACCGCGCUCAGGAGAGACUGGCGACCGCUCUGCAGAAGCUGGAGGAGGCUGAGAAAGCUGCAGACGAGAGUGAGAGAGGGAUGAAGGUCAUAGAGAACAGAGCAUCCAAAGACGAGGAGAAGAUGGAGAUCCAGGAGAUGCAGCUGAAGGAGGCCAAACACAUCGCUGAGGAGGCCGACCGCAAAUAUGAAGAGGUUGCGCGUAAACUGGUGAUCCUGGAGGGUGAUCUGGAGCGCUCGGAGGAGAGGGCAGAGGUGGCCGAGGCGCGAGUGAGGGAGCUGGAGGAGGAGCUCCGACUAAUGGACCAGAAUAUGAAGUCCAUGAUGUGCGGAGAGGAAGAGUACUCGCAAAAGGAGGACAAAUACGAAGAAGAAAUCAAAGUUCUUACUGACAAACUGAAAGAGGCUGAGACCCGUGCCGAGUUUGCAGAGAGGUCUGUGGCCAAGCUGGAGAAGACCAUCGAUGAUUUGGAAGAGAAACUGGCCCAAGCCAAAGAGGAGAACCUGGACAUGCACCAGGUGUUGGACCAAACCCUUUUGGAGCUCAACAACCUAUAGAGACCACCUCAGAGCUCGGGGGAGGACAGCAGCAAAAAAACAAGUUUAAUCCCCCAACCCCAGCUCCCAGCGUAGACCUGUACAGAUGGAGUCUGAAUUUAACGUUAACAGGUGUUCACACACACAUAACAGUGCAGAUGUCAGUCUGGGGCCCCAUGCAAGAAACUGUCUAUAUUUUGUGUGCACUACAAACUGUUCAGAAAAUCUGAAAAGUAUCUUAUCUUCAAUACAAGCUUCCUUGGGCCUCAUUUAUCAACAGUGCGUGGAAAAUGUUUCUGUCUUACAAAUUAAAUUUAUGUGCUUAAGAACAAAGAAAUCUGUAUUUAUCAAACGUGCUCAAGCCAACUCGACGCACAUCAGUAAGUAAUCGAUCUUGAUAAAUCUCACCUGUCCUUAACCACCGUGCUUGUUCACGCUUAGAUUAACUGCAUUCAGAAAUGCCUCCAAUUAACCAUAUAUGGUAAUAACACAUCAUUUUUGGGGUAUGCCCACUCAGAAGUCACUCUGUGCCCUUGUGCCAAGCAGAUCAGCGUGAUCUUUGAGAGCACAUUGUUGCCAAGUCUUCCAAUAACGCUAGAUACGCCACAGCACUAUAUUUCAAACAUUUGUCACAGCGGCCUUUUAUAGGCUUUGACACCAAUUAGGCAAAUUGUCUGUUUAAAACUAGAAAAAUGACAAAUUGAAGGUUUUCUAAAAAAAACACAAAAAAAAACACUGGACACAUGUAGAUGUGGAUUGCGUUGUGUGUACUGUGACACUCCUAAAUGCUUUUUAUUUGUAGUAUCGCUGUUCUACCACUAGGUUCUGUUUGUAAGCGGGGCCAGAGCUGUGCUUAUAUUCACUCACAUUCCUAAGUGCACGUUGGUAAAUUCCACACUUUGUGUAGCAAUGUUGUUACGCAUUACAUACACACACACCUGUGCGUACGUGCGGUUGGUAGAUGAGGCCCCUUGCGUUCACAUGUGACUAUCUUGUGUGCACGUAAAAAGUCACUCAUGGGCACAACCGUGUCAAGAACAAAGGUUUCUGUUGGAACAGUUUCUCUCGUUGGACAUAGUCAGGGAUUUUGCAGAGCUCACUCAUGUAUUGUCAUCUUUUCAGAGCAAUGAUAAGAAACUGAAUCUCAUACAGGAUAGUUGCUGCUGCACACAAGGAAACGUUCUCCUUCACACAACAUGGUUUGGAGAACAGGAAAUGGCAAAGGUGUAAAAAAA